GUGGGGAAAGUAGCGACGAAAAUGGCAACUCCAGGACAGAAGGAGAGAGAGGCAGAGCUUCACUCUGUGCUCAGAGCUGCUAACCUGUUAGACUACUACCCAAGUUUCCUCGAACAAGGAGGCGACGACGUACAGCAGUUCUGUGAUGCGAGCGAAGAUGAAUUCAAAGAAAUCAUCACCUUGGUCGGCAUGUCGACGAAGCCUCUACACACAAGGCGGCUGCAGAAAGCUUUGGUGGAAUGGAAGAGCAAGCGAGGGCAUUCUCCCGAGCGAGUUGCUCCAGGGUCUUGGAUGGAUAAGUGGACUUCGUCUCCUCAAGUUAACCGAACUCCACCGCCAAGCACUUCAACGCCAGCGACAAGUUCAGGCCGUAAAAGACGAAGUAGCUCCGGCUGUUCUCAAGGAGGCGCGGAGAAACGCGUCGUGGAACUGAAACUACCUCCAAUGGAAGUUAUAAUCGACUGGGAAAAACUCGAUCCCGAACGUCAGCAGCUGAUCCGUGAUCACUCGCGAAUUUAUGGCCGAGACAUCAAAAAACGUAAGACGAACACGCUCAAUUCGCACGAACAAAUGAUCAACGAAGCCGCGGCUCAGCUUUGCCUUCGCGAUCCAACCCUUCUUGUUCGGCGAGACGAGUUGUUUACCAUGGCAAGGCGAGUUGUGCGAGACAGUGGGUUUACGUUUGUCCAUGGGCAUUCCAGGUCCAAGUUUGUCUCCGAAUCAGACGAGGAACUGGACGUGGCCAAGAAGAAUCAGGUGUCUCAAGCAAACAAACUCAAACGAGAAGAACGUCUAAAUGAGAUUGACGGCCUGCUACAAAACAACAAGGAAUUACAAGAGCAGAUAAUGCAAAAACUAGAUGAAGCACGAGCUUUAAGCGCAACAGCAGAGAUUAAUGAGCUACAAACCGACCUCAGCAAACUGCAGAGUCAACAAGUGUCCCUUCAGCUUGAGCACAAAGAGCUGAAGAAGAAGCAGCGUAGAUCUGAAAGAUAUUACACAAACAAACAAACAAAAGACUCAGGCUCACAGAGCACCGGUGUACAUGAUGAUGAUGUGGACAUGGUGGGAAAUGUGUCAUUACAAGGUGAACUCACACCAGAUGACCGCUCUGAGGAAGGUCUUCCCACUGAAAGUGUGCAUGUGGAGGGGGAGUCACAGGUCACCACUGUUGAGCAGUCCAGAACAAUGCAGGUUCCUGAAGCUGUAGUGACUCAGAUAUUACCCCCAGCCUCAGGGAUUCCCACAACAUCAACUAAUGUCACAGUUAACCUGCCUCAACGCCAGGAAGCACUAAACCCUGAAGAGGAAUCAUCAGUGAGAGCACUUUACACAGCAUUUAUGCCUCAACACUUGCAGACUGAGGUUGUGCAACAAGUCCACCAGCAAGCAGAAGGAGGUCAAAUGAUACCUGGUUAUUCGCAAGCACUUGUUAGCGCUGCUGUAUCAUCAGACCCUACCAUCAAUGCCUUGUUGAGUCUAGGGGCUAAAGACAAGGUUCUCCUACCAGGAAUGCUGCCGCCUGGUGUGUCUGUGGCUGCCGUGCCCGUCACUACAGGUGUUGUUGCAACCACAAGCAUGACACCUGGUAUUACUGUGGUAAUGCCUGGACAGCCUCUGCCAGGCAAUGUACAGUGGUCUUGACUUUGAUCUUUGACCUUGCAGGAGUUGUUGUAUGGUAGCAUGUUAUGCAGUCUGGACUAACAGACAUCUCUGCACUACAUUGUACUGGUAGUUUAAUUCUUCUCCUGCUUGAUUAGAUUUGACCAGGGAAAUGAAACUAUACUGACGACACAGAUAUACAGAAUCCCUGUAGUAUCUUUAAGCGGUUUCUGCUUGCACUGUGCAAAAAUUCACACUACUCUAUACACAUGAUCAGUACAUUUAUAUGGGAUAUUUUGAGUUGAAUCUCACAAGUGAGGCAGGCAGACACAAUUUUACAGUGUGUCUACUCCAACCAAGGCCACCGAAGAAAUUCUUUGUGAAUUGACCCAGUUGUGAAUCCAUACCAGUUUCAACCAUUUUACAGAAAUCAGUUUGAUUUUUUUGUUUUGAUUUUUUAAGAGGGGACUUAAGGGUGUUAAAAUCCAAAACAUUUUCUUGGGGAGCCCUCUGGAAGCUUGGACAUUUGGCACUUGUUGCCAUUUGUUGUAGAUCUACACCUGGACCAGUAGUGUCUGAGUGAUUUAAAGAAUAUUUUAUAAAAAUGGUUGACAAAUGUCUUGUUUUUGUACAGUAGUGUGAUUCAGCUGGCUAAUUUGCCAGAAGUCUACUGUUAAUAAAAUCAUCAAGGUAAUUUCAAUCAAUAAAUCUGUGUAUAAUUUUCUCAGUUAGCCUUGGCUGAAGUAGUUGAACUGUAACAGGUGCAAAAAAGUAUAUUGUAAGGAAAAGGGCAUUUUUCAACUAGUUUAAACAUGAAAUGGGAUGCCUUCCUUUUGAUCCUUUCUAAACCUGCCAUUUAAAAUGUGUAGAUGGCCAAUAAAGAUGGCCUUAGUGUACACUAGUGCAUGAUGUUCAUGUCCAUACAUGUAUAUUUACUUUUAAGCAUGAAGGAAGAAUAUUCAAUUGCACUGAUUAUGCUAGCAAGUUAAAUAGCACUUAUUUUAAACCAAUCAACAUAUUAGUUGAAGUGAGCAUGAAUGUGUAUGGUAUAAUUGCAGUAGGCUAGAUGUUACUGUAGAUAAGUUGCUUUACUUGUACCGUUAGCAUUGCCAUUACCAUCUCUGUUGUAGAUGUACCAGUGAUGUAAUUUGAGAAACAUUCCUGCAUUUAGCCAGCCAUUUAAUAUUCAAAGGUUCUUUUUAAAGCGAUCAUUGUAUCAAUAUUUGCUCGUACAAUCAAAAUUUAACCUUCCAAGUUCAUGAACAAUGUCAUGCAGAUGGACAAUGAAAUCCCAAUUUCUGGAACCUCCAACGGAAAACGAAAACUGGUCUAAAAAUCGGGUAGUUCAAGAAAUCAGGAUAAAAUUAUAGUGCUUGACAUGAGGGAAAUGACCUUUCGUUUGAGUUACUGGGAGGUUCCAAAAAUCAAGGGUUUGAGAGUUCCACUGCACUUUUAUCAAAAUAAAUGUGUAGUUCCAGAAAAUAUCCAUGCCUCUCCCUUGGAAGGGAUUUUUUUCUAAGACCACCCAACCCUCUGGAAAUUCCACUCAAGUUUCAUACAUAUAUUACGACUUUUUGGUCUUACAGAACCUCCCACCCCCAGGAAAUACCAAUCCCUUCUGUGGGAGGCAGGGGGAGGAGGGGGAGUAUCGAUGUUUUCUGGAACUACACAUUGUAAUUCUUAGAAUUGAGAGGCUGAUUGUAGGGAGGUCCUAUAUGGGAGAAUUUAAGCAUUUCCACUGUUACAGAUGUUCAGAUGCAACAGAUUUAUAUAAGAGAUGUAACAAAGUGAUCUGUUGCAUUUCCAAGUCAAAAUUUAUUGGGACCUUUUCUGGAUCAGCCCGUUGAUUAAGGUGUAAUUUCCGAUAGUUCAUUAGGUUUCCUUGCUGUUGAUUUCAAUGAAACAAUUUAUCAUAUUUACUUGUAUGUAUAAUAAAGGGGCAGAUGGUGUCUUGGAAUAGUCUA